AUGGAUGCAAGACAUCAAAGCGCCAUUGGCUCACGCAUUUCCGGUCAGAUCUAUGCCAGAUCACAUAAGUUGGAAAGGUCAACGCGGCACUCUGUACUCAGAGUAGACUACACGACUACACGACUUUCUCCGACCCACUGGCCCAGCGUGAAGGCUUUUUAUCGCCUCUUUGUUCGUACGAGUGCACUUUUGACCUCUGAGAAUAAGGACGCGCAGAGGUUGUGGCAUACCGACCCAGAAAGGAUCCUUUUCUCAUUGGGACAUCUCACAUCCAGACUGGGUGAACGUUUUCACGCCUCAACCUACUGA